GAGGCUCGUGGGGCAGGCGGGGCCGGCGAGAACUGGGAUUGGGGCUCGGGCCCGGGAUGCCGCACCUGGACUCACCUGCCGGACUCGGAUUGUGGCCCAGAGAUGGCGAGCGUGCAGGUGGCGGUGAGGGUCCGGCCUCUCAGCAAGAGGGAGACCAAAGAAGGAGGAAGAAUUAUUGUGGAAGUAGAUGGCAAAGUGGCAAAAAUCAAGAACUUGAAGGUGGACAGUCGAGCAGAUGGCUUUGGGGACUCUCGGGAGAAGGUUUUGGCAUUUGACUUUGAUUACUGCUACUGGUCAGUCAAUCCAGAGGACCCUCAGUAUGCAUCGCAGGAUGUGGUGUUCCAGGAUUUGGGGACGGAAGUACUCUCUGGAGCUGCCAAAGGCUACAACAUAUGCCUUUUUGCCUAUGGCCAGACCGGCUCUGGGAAGACAUAUACCAUGCUGGGCACCCCAGCCUCCAUGGGGCUGACACCACGGAUAUGUGAGGGACUCUUCAUCAGGGAGGAAGACUAUGCCUCAUUGCCUUCUUCCUGUAAGAUCAAAGUCAGUUUUCUGGAAAUCUAUAAUGAACGAGUACGGGAUCUGUUGACAAAAUCUGGCCAAAGGAAGUCCUAUACUCUGCGGGUCCGAGAGCACCCAGAGAUGGGUCCUUAUGUACAAGGCUUAUCUCAACAUCUGGUUACCAGCUAUAAGCAAGUAAUCCAACUCUUGGAGGAGGGAAUAGCAAACAGAAUCACAGCAGCUACGCACAUUCAUGAGGCCAGCAGCAGGUCCCAUGCCAUCUUCACCAUCCACUACACACAGGCAAACCUGGCGAACAACCUCCCCUCUGAGAUUGCUAGCAAGAUCAACCUUGUGGACCUAGCAGGCAGUGAAAGAGCAGAUCCCAGUUAUUGUAAGGACCGGAUUACUGAAGGAGCCAACAUCAACAAGUCCCUUGUGACUCUGGGAAUCGUCAUCUCCACCCUAGCCCAGAACUCCCAAGGAUUGAGCAGCUGCCAGAGCAUCAGCUGUGUAGCCAGCAGCAGGGGGACCAGUGCAGGGAGGGCCCCGCGGAGGCGGUCUUAUAUCCCAUACCGGGAUUCUGUGCUGACCUGGCUGCUGAAGGACAGCCUGGGAGGCAACUCCAAAACCAUCAUGGUCGCCACUGUGUCUCCUGCGCAUACUAGCUACAGUGAAACCAUGAGCACGCUGAGGUAUGCAUCCAGUGCCAAAAACAUCAUCAACAAGCCACAGGUGAAUGAGGAUGCGAACAUAAAGCUCAUCCGAGAACUCAGGGAAGAGAUUGAGAGACUGAAAGCCAUGUUGCUGAGCUUUGAACUGAGGAACUUCUGUUGGCUGGACAGUGAAAAGGAUGAAAAUCUGAAGGAGCUGGUUCUCCAAAAUGAAUUGAAGAUAGACCAGCUGACUAAAGACUGGACUGAGAAGUGGAAUGAUUGGCAGGCCGUCAUGGAGCAUUACAGUGUGGGCAUCAACAGGAGGAGGGCGGGGGUCAUGAUUGACUCUAGCCUGCCACACCUUUUGGCUUUGGAGGAUGAUGUGCUCAGCACAGGAGUUGUGCUGUAUCAUCUCAAGGAAGGGACAACAAAGAUAGGAAGGAUUGACUCAGAUCAGGAACAGGACAUUGUCCUGCAGGGUCAGUGGAUCGAGAGAGAUCAUUGUACUAUCACCAGUGCCUGUGGGGUAGUCAUUCUCCGACCCGUCCAGGGAGCCCGCUGCACAGUCAAUGGCCGAGAGGUCACUGCCUCCUGCCGCUUGACCCAAGGAGCUGUCAUAACCCUGGGGAAAGCACAAAAAUUCCGAUUCAACCACCCGGCAGAGGCUGCUGUCCUGCGGCAGCGAAGGCAGGUUGGAGAGCCUGUUGGUGGCAGUGGCUCUUUGGAAUGGCUGGAUUUGAAUGGAGAUGUCACUGCCUCCCAUCUGGGUCUCUGCCCUUUGUUUUGGAAACAAAGGACAGUGCUAGAGGAGCAGUGCGGCAAGAACCACCAACUGCUGAAGGAUGGAGACACUUCCCACCGAGCCCACAUUCUGCAGCAGCCGUGUUAUGUGGAGAGUUUGAGGCAACAAAUCCUAGCAGGACAGAUUAGAGCUGAGAAGGACCUGGGACUUGACAAGGCUUGCAUUAGUCAGCCGGUUAAAGACAACCAGCAGUGGCUGCGCAGAGAAGAGACCUGCUUGGGGGGCUUCCAGCAACAGCAGCAAGAAAACUGUGGAGUAGAGAAAGAAUGUGAGGCUCUUGUCACUCCUGAUGCUUGGAUUCGGACAGAUCUUGAGCCUCAACCAUCCCAGCUGGUCCGAAGCCAGAAGAAGGUCGCCCCACUGCUACUUCCGUGGAGACACGCUGUUCGGGCAGCAGAGGGGAGCAGUCGAUGUAAAAAGGUCUCAUUCCAGCUGGCAAGGGCCAUCAAGAAGCGAAGGCUCCUGGAGGCCCAGAGGAGACUGGAGCAGCUCAGGGCAUUGUCCUGGCUCCAGGAUGGUGGCGCCAAGAAGCCCUUACGCCGGAUUCCCAGUCCUGAUGCCUCAGUCCCUGCACUUCAGUGCCAUAACAAAUCAGCAGGUCACAGUUUUUUGAGCCUCCGAAAUCUCUGCAGCCAGCACUUGCCCCAGCUACACAGUGCUUUCCUGAAUUGGGAUCUGUCCACCAUAUUACCACCAAUGCCUGAUCCUACUCACCAAGUAUUAGAGAAAACCCCAUCGGAAGAACAUUUCCCCAAGGCUGCUGCUUACCCUGCAAGAACAGUACGGCUCCAUAGGAGUGGGCUCCGGUUCCCAGGCCACAAGCAAUUCUUUGCAACCAGAGGCGUCUUGGCCAGGAAGGGACCCCCAAUUCCAGGCAUACACCUCACUGUGAGCCCCAAGUUUGUCGAAAGGGAGGGAGUGGGUAAGCAGCCCCGUAAGCUAGUGUCCCAGGGCCUAGCUUCUCUGAGCCAAUCAAUUAAAAAGCUUAAGUUGAAGACUGAGCCCAAGGCCUGCACACCUACCAUGGCCAGAAGGACUAAAGUGACCAACCCUUCACAAGCUGAGUGGCAAAAAGAAGAAAAGCUUGGGACCCACAGACCUGUGAAGGGAGGCUCCCCAAAUCCCCAUGUCCCCAAGCAGGCAGCUGGCCAUGGAAAGGCAGUCAAGGCUUUUCAGGAAGAAUCCAAACUAUCUUCUUUAAGCAGCGCAUCAAAAAGGCAUCAAAAGUUUCUGGUGGCUAGGGUCAAAGACAUUGCCAGAACAUCCUCUCAUGUGCCACGUGGUAGUCUUUCAAAGAGAGAAUAUAGUAAAGGGGACCCAGACACCAUGGCCCCACUCACAGAUUCCAGCCCUGGAAUGCGUCACACAAGAGAAAAAGACCAUGAUUUUUCUGAUACAGAUAGCAGUUAUUCAGAGGAUUCUCUCAGCUGUGUCUGUGCCAAAGCACAGACAGAGCCACUGAAACCAGAGGAGUCUAAGGAGAAGAGGUGGGAUCUCCCAGGGAUAGAGAACUCUGAAAGUGAUGACAGUCAAAUAUCCGAGGAUUCACUUGCUGGAAAGGGGUACCAAAGCUCAAAAGACAGCCCAAGGACCAAGCAUAUGACCAGUGAUUGUGGCCACCCCAGGACCAGAAAUAGAGCCACUAAGAGCCACUUCACCACUGUGUCAUCAGACAGUGGCCUACUUGCCCAGACUCACAAAAGCUUUUUCUUGAGUAGCCUGAUGGAUGCUGAGGAAGAAUUGGAGGGAUAUCAGCAAAAAGGGACUCUCCUUGGUUCAACUGACGAGAUGCCCACAGAAACUUUUUGGCACCAGCAGAACUCCAGUAGGCCUUUAGUAGAGCAGGAGGCGAUCUGCAGGCUUGGUCCCGUCAGCCACCAAACAGAAGCUACACUGGAUACCAAGAUGCCAGUGAGAAGUUCAUUUGACCUGAAUCCUCAGGUCCAGCCCCACUGUGAGCAGCCUGAGUCAGAAGCAGAGGCAAGUAACUCUGAACGAGUCAAUUCUCUGCAAGGCAUGCAACAUUCAAGAGAGAGUCCAUUGGUGUCAAUGGAUUCCUGGUUUUCCUGUGACUCUAAGAUCAGUCCCAGCAGCCCCCCAGCAAUGGUGGGUUCCUCAUGUCCAAGUCCUGAAAUGCAGGAAGUUCAGCCUUGUGGUGGGGAGAGGCCUGGCUACUGGCUCAAUAUUGAAGAACUAAAGUCAGCAGGUGCAGAAACAGUCUUCCCACGCGGCUUCAAACUUUCCCAAGAUAGUGCUGAGCUACCCUGCCACGUGGGAAAUGUCUGCACAACCUCUACCUCUGAUACAUCCAAGCUCUCACUUUGGGAAGAAGAAAAGCAUCUUCAACCAGGAGCUGAAGGCAUCCUUCAGGAUAGAGGCAUUGCUGACGUGACCCAGCAGGGCAACUCCGAAGCCUCCCAGAACUCCAGUGUGUCCAGUGUGCUGGCUGCCUCUGCUGCCUCAUUUACUUAUGUAGGUAAUACCUGCGAAAGGGAUUGGGUUGCCCUUCAGCAAAAGUACCUCCUUGAACUAUCUCAUCCUGUAGUUGAAGCCAUAGGAGAAUCCAAGGUAGCUUUCCCUUGCCUUGGGAAAGACUCUAGUUUCCUGGCAGAGGCUUCUGGCAAAGGAAGAGGUUCUGUUAUGGCACCUAGUUCUGGAGUAUUCAACAAUUUUCAAAUCCAUCAAUCCAAAAUUAGGCAUUUAAGAGCAGAGAAAGAACAGGAUAGUUUGAAUGCCAAGUUAGAAAGUACAUCAGAUUUCUUUAGCACUAGUGAGAAAGGGGUGAAUUACAAUGAAACCUACUCAGCCGACAUAGAGUCAUUGGCUUCUGGAUCUGCAAAGGCACAGAUCUUUGCAGCAGAGAACAAGAACAUCAAACAGAACCAAUUUAAAGGGUGCUUCCAGGGUAGUAGGAAAUCCGGAUUGAUAACAUCCUCUCGUGAGUAUUUCUUUCAGAAGAAUUCUUGUUAUAAUAACGUCACCAUAGCCGCCAAAGUGGACCACAGUUGGACUCCUCUCAGGAAACCUGGCGUCGUCCAGUCAGAGCAGUUAAGUCACGACAGCCGCAGCUCCCUGCAGGAAGAGAAGGCAGAAUGCCAGGACAGCUCUCAGGAAGUAGCUGGGACACAGACAGAUGUUUCCUUUGCCGUUUCCUUGGGUCCAAAGCUGUUCCUCCACUCUAAUCCCUGGAAUCCAUUCCCGUCCUCCCUGCAGCCACCUCCCUUGGAAACAUUCUAUGUGACCAAAAGCAGAGAUGCCCUGACAGAGACCGCCUUAGAGAUUCCAGCUUACAGAGAGAUGAGGGUGCCUUCCCCUCCCCUUAGGGAAGCCUGGGGCUUCCGUCAUGACCACCAAGACCUCCAGAAUGCUUAUUCAGAGAAUAACUUGUCAGUGCUGUCAGGAAACCAGAGUGCCAAGACUGCCUCCUCUCAGCAGGUGACAGCAGAGAUGUCAGUUGAUCUGAAAGCCAGGCAAACUAUCAGAGAAUUAGGAAAAUACCUUAGAAGUGCUAAAGAAGAAAGCAGUAACUCGGAUUCCGUUAAUUCUUUUGUUGCUGAAGACAAAUGUUUUAUCUCUUCUACAAACACAGAAGUAUGUGAAUUUGAAAAUCAAGUUAGCAUUUUAAAUAAAAAGCAUAAUUUUUCUGCACACAUGGAGGGAAAAGAGACUGCUGCCCAGAGCUGUGGUAAUGUUUCCUCAGACAGCUCUGGGUCUGGGAAGCCUUUAUUGCUCAUUUGUGAAUCUGAGACUGGAGGGGAAGACGAGCAGGAUCAGAUCUCAGUCCUAAGUCAGACCCAGACCCAUGAUACAAGCAGACAGUUUGUCAAGUCCGAUUUCAUCUAUCAACACCCCAGAUCACAUCCUGAGAAGGCCAGGCCAGGGGAGGGUACUGUUUCUUUGAAGUCCAGAAAACUACAUCAUAGAGAAAGCAGCCCAGUGAUGGUGCAGGAAGAGAAUGUAGCCUGCAAAUGGGAAGGGAAGAAUGGAACUGGACUUCAGGUGAAAACUCUUCAUCCCAAAGACAACUCAGAGGAGAGUAAACCUGCAGGGACAGAGUCUGUUUAUGACAGAUGCCAGCAGGUUACGUGUUCUCAGGAAAGAGACCUUGGUGCAUACAAGGGCCCUGGCCAAGAAAUAUUAUGCCCUAAAGAAGAAACCUCAGGAAAGGAAGAGAAUAAAAGAGUUAGUAGUGCAGAGGAAAUGGCUAGGCUAAUUAAGAGUGUCAUGCAGUUGGAGAGUCGCAUAUUAGAAAUUGGAUCCAAGCAGAAUAUGCAGUUUCAUGCUUCCCAAACAUUGGGAAUUGAUGAAGAGGUUGUGUUCCAGGACCAGGAAAAAACUAGCCAUGUCCUGACAACAGGCACUCCUGAAGACUAUUUGGUCUUCAAGGACCAGCAAUCCGGACAAACAGAUGAUAGGAUCGUUAGUGAUAAAGAAGCUGAAGAAGCAAAGAUUAACGGUAACAUUGCAAUUGAUCCCCAGGCCCAGAAAAUUACCAGGAGCCCCUUCAAGUCCUGGGAGUAUAUACAAGAGGGGAAAUUAUUGAGAGCACACACCCACUCUGCCAGAUUAGACCUACCCACCAGGGACACAUGUGAUUCUUUAGGGAUGUGCCCAGCUCACAGAGAAUCCACCAGUACUACUUUUCACCAAAGGAGAAUGAAAGAAUUAGUUGAAGCUCUGCCGUUGCUACCAAGGCCUGAGAGGUCUUUUGAGAGUGACAAGUCAGGAAAAGCAUCAGUGAGCCUCAGUCUCAGGCUUGGAAAAGAGCUUUCAGGCUUGGAAAAGGAAUUAAAGACUGUGGAAGACUUUAAGGAAGGCCACAUUGCCAACCACGUGAGUAGUUCCAAGCAAGAAGAAACAAAAGCUCAAGAUCAUGUUGAAGUGAUGGCUGUGCGAAACAAUGGAGGCCUUCAGGAAGAAAGUGAAGUGGUCUCAUUAGUUCAGGAACUUCCUGGUCCAUGCCAGCUUUGUAUGAGCACGUCUUUCAGCCCAGAGACUGUUUGCCCGUUACUGAGCCAGACAGGCUUCACUGCAGCUCCUUCUCCCCUGGGCAUAAGUGAUACAUCACCCUUGAUUUCUCCAAGACCACCGAAAUACCAUCUCCAUGCCCCUGUUACUACAGGUGCUUCUUUGGAUUUGCUGGAUCUCACAAGAUUGAAAAUUCAUGACACUCAAUUGGUACCAGGGCAUCAGGACCAGAAUGGAGAGACUGGAAUCCAUUUCCAUGAGGAAAAUGUUAGAGGGGGCUUCUCUGUGGAGCACACUGCUUAUCAUGCGUCUGCAAUAUCCAUGGCUGUGAGCUGUGGGGAUAUUCUUCUGGGGAUAGAGGACAAGAUAUCAAGCACAAGCCCCCAGGACCUAGAAAGAAACCUCAGAAUCACCUCAAUGGGUUUCAAUGACAGGGAAGGUUUUACUUCCAGGACUGAGGCCUCUGUACAACAAGAAUCAAGAACCAGUACUUUGGACAGGAUCUCUAGGCAGUUUGAAAAGAGGGUCCAUUUCACCUUAGAUGAUGGUAAUGACCAAGGCAGGCAGAGGGCAGAGAAGGAGGCUGAGGAUCUUGAACAUACCAGUGGUGUAUUCUUAACUUCUGCUUCCUUGCCCGGAGUGCCUAAUCCAGAGCCCAGCCUAUUGGAACCUUCUAUCCAUGCAUCUGUGUGCCUGGCUAUCUUGGAAGAGAUCAGACAGGCAAAGGCCCAAAGAAAGCAGCUCAGUGACUUUGUAGCAGAGGAGACUGCCUUGCCUUACCAUGAAAAUUUACCUGACUUCUCUUCAAGGGCCGCGGGCCAAUCUUACUAUGAGCAAAUGGAUCAUCUUAUGUUAUACAGGACAAGAAGUGAGGGUGGAGUGCAGGAAUUUCAUAUGUCAUGUCCAUCUGUAGCAACCGACAAGAGGGAAGGCCAGACCACACCCACUGCUGUAGACAGCCUUCAAAUUCUGCCCAACACUGAAUCUGAGAGAGGGCCGUGCCAUCCCUCACACGCUUGCUCUCCUCCUGCCCCUGCUGCAGACAAAGCACGCUGUACUAGAGAUCGAAAGCCUCCUCUGAGAGGAGGCAAGCAGUUCAUGAGUCGCUUGAGCUCUUCUGAAACUGUGGAGAAAAAGACGGAGGCAAGAACACUCACCUUUGCUGAUCCUCUGGCCUCGGGCAGUUUUCUUUCUGCAAGAGCUGUAGAAGGAGUCAGGAGGUACAUGUCAGAGAAAGUCACGGUUGCCUUAUCUCCUAAGGCUCCUUGUGAUGAUGCUGAAAUGAUUCCAUGUAGACAGAGUCACUUUGCUGCAUGGGAGAGUGCAGAAGAGAUGCAUACUGGCAGGCCUAACAGCAGUCCAGAGUACCAGGAACCUAGAACUGUGGAUUCUGCAUAUGGAGAACUUUCAGGGAGCGCGGAAGGCAGCAGGACACUCAGCUCAUCUAGAGGGGAAGAAAACAAAACUCUUUGUCGAGAACCAUGCAAUUUUCAACCCGUUGCUGUUCAUGCCUGUCCUUCCUCUUCCUCCACCUCUUCAUGUUACAGAAAUGGUGAUCCAGAGAAGAGGACCAACGCUGUUUUGCAUACUGUUCACUCACCCCAUGUACUACAUUCUAGGACCUGUGACAUGAAUGAGAAAGGACAGAGCUCCUGCAGGGAACCGGAAGUGCUCUUAGCAUAUACCCUUGAGCCCAGAGGUGUCAAUAUGGAACGUGGUCCAGGAGACAUCACUGCUGUUGAGCCCUCGACUACGACUGCAAAAGGUGACCGUUCACCUUCUGUCCCUGAAGCUAGGGCAGAUUCCUUUAGCCAUUUGGCUGCUAAUGAAAGUUCAAGGCCACCAAGGAGUCCUGAGAAAAAGAUUGCUAAGAAAGGCAUCACAGAACUUGGGUCUGACUCUACCCAUGAGGACAAGCGCUCUAAGCCACUCAGGAAGUCUCAGCAUAGCUCUGUAGGUGGCCAGAGCACACAGGCUUCUCAUACUGUGCCAAAACCACCUCCUGCAACUUGGGGAUCAUCACACCCCAUGAAUGUAAGUGGGGAUUCUCUUGACAGUGAGCUGCUGGUAGAGCCACACCAUGAAAGUUUAGAAAAUACUGCAAUGUGCCUUUCAGAAAAAACAAGACUUUCCACUGAGGCCAGGGAUCACAGUUGCUUGAAUUCCCAAAGCAAGUUUGUAACCAGGUUAAAACUUGUGCACAGUCCUCAGGCAGAAAGUACCUGGGAGGAGGAAGAGCAGCAGAGGGACGAGGCUUUAGGUGGUGGUGAAGAGCCUGCUCACGGCGAGAAUCCCACACCUUCUGAUGAAGGCCCGGUUAGAGAUGGUGGGAUAAAGGAGACAGCUGUGACCGAGUCUCCUGUAUCUAACUCGUCCUCAUCAGAUCUGAGACCACGUGAAGCCCUGCAGCCAGCUGCCCACCACAGAAGCUCACUUCCUGUGAUUGCAGUCUUUUGUGGCCCCAGACACUCCAAGACUUCCCCUAGACCACAGUUCUCUGUGGUCAGCUCUUCUCGAUCUCUUCAGGAGCUUAAUUUGAGUGUGAGGCCACUUUCUUCUUCAGACGAAGACAUACAGAAGGCUAACAGAUUGUUGAUCUCUCAUCUCCAGGGUGAGGGUACUUUCCCUGUGAGGUUAGUACCAAGAGCAUCUCUGAAGGCUGAGGACUGUGGUCAGAAAUCCUCAUCUGACUUGGCUGAUGACCCUGCUGGUCACUUGCUUCUGAAACCCACCAUCCCACCUCAUCCAGCUUCUUCCACUGCCUUGUGCAUGCCAGCCUCCGAUUUUAUGACCAGCAAGAUGUCUGUUUCUUUAGAACCAGCCCAGCAAAGAAAGCCAAAGAGACAGGAUGAGUCAGGUAAUUGGAACUCUCAGGUGAUCAAAGGAAUGUCAGAUGUGGCCUCAAGUGGCAUCCAGCCCCGUGUCCUGCCACAGUAUUCAGAAGAGCCUGUGGGCAUCGACUGGAAGCAACAUAUGCUUGGCAGUGUGGUUGAUGGCUCCUGUAGCCAGAAACCCCAGAGCCUCACAUUAUCAGAUAAUACACUGCUGGCCCAGUCCUCCAGCAUGGACAAUGGUUCAGAAGACCAGAACUCGCUGGUCUACUCCCACCUCUGCUCCUGUGCCAAAACGCUGGACCUGGUGGGCUCACACAAUACCACUGAGAAUGCCUUUGGUUCAGAUGAGGCCUGCCAAGUAUGCCCUUCCUCAUUUGAUAUGGGGGAACCCCAUGUCAUGACUGGCCCUGAAGGGCUAGCCCCUACUUUGGAUCCAGACAAAAGAGCUCAGUUUAAGGGCUGCCCUGAUGAGGUGGGCUGCCUGAAGCAUGAUCUCCCCGUGGCUGGAGAAAGUACUGUAGGUCCAGUGGAGGAGAUGCUGCUGCUAUACACAUCAGAGGCAGGCUGCCAUGGGGGACUGGCAAGGAUGAGCACCUUUGAGCAGGGCACACAGACCGUGAACUGCAGGUGCCCCUGGAGCCGUACCGAGCUCACCUCCGCUGAGCCUGAAGCCAGUACCGUGUCAGCCUCCGAUCUGGCCUCCUGGACCAGUAUGCAUAACCUGUCUGUCCACCUCUCACAGCUCCUGCAUAGUACCUCAGAGCUGCUCAGGAGUCUUUCCCAGCCAAGUGUGACCAAAAAACAACACAACAUGGAGAAGGACACCCUUGAAAAGGCCUCCCAGGCCCUGAUGAUGGACGGCUCUACUCAGACCACUCUAGAUAAGGGCAGCCAGACUGACCUGUCCUUACCUGCUCUGUGCAUGCAAAACCAAGAGGCCAAAGUUCAGGAAGCCAACGUGAUCCUCGAAGUGUUGGGCUCAGAGGCUGAGACUGUGUCUCAAGACAAAGGAGAUGUCUCAGGAACACUUCAGAAGGGAGAGAGAGAAGCAGCAGUGGGGUCCCCAGAUCCUCAGGAAGAAAGUGCUCACUGCAGUGCCCAGAGCCCUCCCGGACCCACACCCUGCUUGAGGGUUUACAAGCCCCCCCUGGGGCAGGACCUCCAUUCUGUGAACUCCCCAGCUUCUCUGGAUGCUUCCCUGUGGCCCAGCUCGCAGCCAAAGGAAUCUUCUUGUGUGGUUAGCAGCAGCUGCAGCCCCAUCAUCUCUCAGUUUCCACUGCCCUUCCCCAGUCCUUCAGAGUCUGGUGUGGAACCCAGGGUGCAGAAGCAGCCGAGCCCCACGAGUGCCUUGUUGGUGGAUAGAGCUUCUUCCCCAAUCUUCACAUUUAGUAUCAGCACCCAAGAGUUGGGUCUGCACCGAGGCUCUCCAACAUUUUCAGUUCCCUCACCUCCCCCUCUGAAAAGCCACCAAAAGCUGGACUGCAGCCCAGACUUUCCUUUUAGUGCCCCAAGGGCUGCCAUGGAUAAUUGUUCUCAAACCACUGAUAAGUCAGGGGGUUCCCAGAGAAUGGAGACUCUGGAGGAAGGCACAAAUCCCUCAGAAAGGAGUAGAGGGAAGUUAUUCCUUGAAUUAAACUCCUUGGACAGCCCACAGCAGAGCCCAGGACUCCAAGUUAGUUGCUUAGAGCAGGCCCCCCAACAGUUUCAGCCGCAAAGUGCCAUCAGGAUCCCAAGCAGAUGCCCCCCUCCACCACCCAGGCACGAGAGCCAGAGAUGGGCUGACAGCUUUGUGCUGAUGGCUUCUCCAGAGCAUGGCCCACCGAACAAUCAGGGGCCAAGCCAGCAGAGCAGGCCAGAAAAUGGGGCUGAGAGUCCGGCAUCUCUGGUAGAACAGCAGCCCACUCUAGACGGUUGCUCCUCGUGGGGAGGCUUCCCACACCUCGGCCCCUGUCCUGACUCCGAGUUGACUGAUACAGUAGGGCUCCACAGUCCCACCUUGGGCCCACUUCAAGUCAGCCAACCUGAAGGGCUAUUAUGCCCCAGUUCCAAGAUGUGUCUGUCUCCUGAGCCCCAGCAUCACAGCCUGGGGGACGUCCCAGUGCAUAACAAGUUUAGUAACUGGUGUGGGGUUCAGGAUGGCUCUCCUAGGGGACUGAGUGUGACUGUAGAGCUGGGGGCCAGCUGUGACCUUGGCUCUGGAGAACAGGGGCAGAGGCCUCCCCCUGCUGAAGACCAGAGCCGGAAUCCUGGUUGGUCCCAGAGGGAGCUGAUCCCCCUGCAGACUGGAACACAGACCCUCUCACUCAGCUUAGAACUUGCAGAAGCAAAACUACACCACGGCUUUGGAGAGGCAGAUGCUCUGCUUCAUGCAUUGCAGAGUGAAACUGGGGAGGCGGUUACUCUUGCUGGUCCUGUGAUGUCCACCUGGGAGAAGCUGCAUGUUCGGCAAAAGAAAACCAUCGAAACCCUCAGAAGAGAGCAGGCUGAUCGACUUGAGAGCUUCCGGCGGGCGCGGAGCCUCAGCCCGCAGAAAAAGCUGAGUCUCCUGCCCAGCAGGUUUCUUCCCUCCCAGGACCUGGAGUUGCCCAGCAGGCGCCGAGAAUACCUGCAGCAACUGAGGAAAGAUGUCGUGGAGACCACCAGGAACUCAGAGUCGGCGUUAAAAGCUGUGCAUCUGCCUUCUGACAUAACACUAAUGCUGCAAGAAUACCAGCGGGCCCGUGAGGAGGCCAAGGUGGAGAUUGCUCGGGCCCAGGACCGCCUACGGGAGCAGACAGAACAAGAGAAGUUGAGAAUCCGCCAACAGAUCGUUUCACAGCUGCUGAGGGAAGAGAUGAAACUGCACACACUGGCCAACUCCAGCUCCCUGUGCUCCAGCUCCAGUGGAAGUGUCUCCUCUGGCAUCACUUCUGGCUACAAUAGCAGCCCAGCGCUAGCAGGCCAGCUGCAGUCCCCGGAGAGUGUGGGGGACAUAAACUUGUCUGAUUCCAGAGACAUCUGGCUGGAAAAUGGGCGGGGGCGUUCUGCCCAGAGGAGCAGCCACGCGUAUCUGGCCCGAUCUGCCUACAGGCGCCGACCUUCCCAGAGCAGUUGCUGCUGUUCUCCAACCAGCCUCUCCGUCCCAGCGACCUGCUUCUCCUCCUCCUCCUACCAGGAUCUGGCCAAGCGCGUCGUGGACACCUCUAUGGCGGAUGUAAUGGCUGCUUGCUCAGAUAACCUGCACAACCUCUUCAGCCGCCAGGCAGCAGCUGGCUGGAACUACCAUGGCGAGGAGCAGGAGGUGCAGCUUUACUACAAGGUGUUUUCUUCUACUCGACAUGGCUUCUUAGGGGCAGGUGUGGUGCCACAGCCAGUGUCACAUGUGUGGGCAGCUGUGAGUGACCCCACGCUGUGGCCCCUGUUUCAUAAGCCCAUCCAGACAGCAAGGCUGCAUCAGCGGGUGACCAACAGCAUCAGCCUGGUGUACUUGGUGUGCAACACUACCACGUGUGUGCUGAAGCAGCCACGGGACUUCUGUUGUGUCUGUGUGGAAGCCAAAGAGGGAACCCUGUAUAUCAUGGCAGCUCAGUCUGUGUAUGACAGAACCAUGCCAAGACCCAGCAAAAACAUGGUCCGAGGAGAAAUCCUACCCAGUGCCUGGAUCCUGCAGCCUGCCGUUGUGGAAGGAAAGGGCAUCACCAGAGUCGUCUACUUGGCCCAGGUAGAACUUGGUGCUCCGGGCUUCCCCCCUCAGCUGCUGAGCUCCUUUAUCAAACAGCAGCCACUGGUCAUAGCCAGACUGGCUUCCUUCCUUGGCAGUUAGCAUCUCUCCGUCAAGAUGGUGCUGCUGAGACGCAGGCCCAGGGUGCUCCAGAGAUGCUGUGGCUGCCCACCCUACUUUGUAUACCCUGAUGUGAGCACUGAGGCACACGGCUGGGGCUGACUGGGCAGACAGGCCAGGACUGCUGGCAAAACCCAGCUUGUGCUUGGUCAUAGCUGGUUCUGCUGCAGACCAAGCUUUGACCCUGGCUGUGUGAGGUGAUUGAAGCUCAACUCACCUUCUGGAUUCUCGCCUUUAUUUUCUGUCUGCAAGACUCCGUGACCAGCGGCAGGCUCUGCUCCAAGACCAGGAGGGUGCACAGGCAGUAGAGCACAGAGUGAAGAACUCUGGCAAGGGGCUUCCUCUGGACAGUCCAGCUCUCAGGCUAGCAGCAAAGUCAGCGGCCACUGGCCAAGCCUCUGCUCCGGAUCUGCCUCCCACAUCCUGAUCCUCUGGGAUGGAGCGUCAAGAAAACCCCAAAACAGACUAAUGGGUUAAAAAAUAACUGCACAAACCAGA